AUGUCCCAACCACAAAUUGUCAUCCCAGCGAACAAUGCUCCCUACACCGACCUCCCACCUAUCAACACCGUCCUCUUCGAAGCAAAGGCGAAGAAGGGGCUGACGUUCGACCAGAUCGCCAAAGAGAUUGGAAAGGACGAAGUCUGGGUAGCAGCGGCUUUCUACGGCCAAGCCAAAUUCACCGAAGAUGAGUUGAAAAAGGUGUCCGAAAUCCUUGGAAUCGCCUCUGCAGACGCCUUGGGGGAGCUUGGGAACCAUUGGUGGCCAAACAGGGGACUAGGGCCCAUCCCGCCGCAAGAUCCUGUCAUCUAUCGUUUGUACGAGGGAGUUCUCGUCUAUGGACAUGCUAUCAAGGCUAUCAUCCAUGAAAAGUUCGGAGACGGGAUAAUGUCCAUGAUUGAUUGCAAAAUCAACGUUGAGAAGAAACCCGACCCCAAAGGAGACCGCGUCUUGUUGAGCUUCGAGACGCUCUCAUUCGUUCUCGAACUGACUUUCUCUGCACUCAAGCCUCUCAACAUGUGGCAGGAUCCCGCGUCGACCAAUUGCCGAUUGGACGAUGGCGAGGUUUCCAUUAGUGACUUAUUCCCAGAAUCCAAUUUCUCGCCGCCAUCUCCUACUUUACCUCCUCCGGAAGGAACGCUAUUCGUCGACUGCGAUCUGCUUCAGCCCAACAUUUUUGGUGAGCCGCUGCACGCGUCAACGAAUUUCGCUUGGGAUCUACCGGAACACAGGUUCCGGAACCAAUAUCAGGAGGCGUACAAAGCAAGUAGCAAACAGGUGGAUGCGCCUACGACUGUCGCUCGGGAAACGAAGGCAAAUUAUGAACUGAAUGCAGGACCUGCUGUUUCCUCCGGAGGUCUGCCAGUCCUGUUGGAAGUACCAGAAGGACAGAAAAUGCCUCGAGGAAAUCCUAACAGGCCAUCGAACCUUGUGAAACGACCUUCUUUUGGAGUAUUCGCGCCUAUAAUUACGAAGAAAAAGAAGACCAGCGUCGUUGGUGCUGCCGGAAGCAACCUAAGCAUAGUUGCGACAUCCGGCGGCUCUUAUGAUUUUAAGAACAAGCCUGCAAGCUCCACUGCCACCCCGACCAAUACAACUUGA